AUGCCUCGUCCUGCGACUAAGCGAAACCGGCUGACAAAAGGCGCCAAGGUUGUCAAAUCCAAAGCUGCUGAGCGACCCGAGCAACCAGAACAGCCCGACCAGACCGACUCCAAUGUCGCGAAAUCACCCCCCGCAGAAAGCGCGUCUGAGAAUCUCCAACGUACCCUUCGAAGCCAAACCCCCUUGAACCAGCGCAACGAGCAUGCGAUCGAGUCCUCCCCUACUGGCAGCCGCCCUGGAACAGGCAGUCGGCCCCCUACGCGAUCUCGUGGUUAUUCAUCAACACUAUCCUUUGCGGGGCGCAAAGGCGAUACGGGCUCGCGUGUUCCUGGCACUCCUGGGUUCGAGAACUCUGUUCUCAGCAACUUUCGGCGGCGUCCACGACAGCAAAGUAUCCUGCAGAUGAUGCAGGCGGAGGAUGACUCAUUGGAGUUGGACGACGAUGAUUUCCUGGGUGGACUUAGCCCUGAGGAUGAAUCUACACCACUGCAUCUUUCUCGAGGAAAGUCGCUUCUGAUCAGACAAGAUGAUCGGUCGCAAUCACCCCAAGAAUCUCUACCUUCGUCCGGCAGUUCGCGCAAGCGCAAGCGUGGUGAACAAAUCCAAGUCCCUCAGUCGCCUUCCGUGGUUAUUACGAAUACCAUCGUAGACACCGUCGAGGACACCCCGAAUCCUACACCUGAUGUACGCGAACAGACUCCUGACGUCCCCGAUGAAACACCUCGACCCUUGCGCUUCGCCGAGAUUUUGAGCCAAACGAUGCUUCCCCCGACAGCAGUCCUAUGA